ACAACGUAAAAUGUUGUAAUAUAUUGUUAAAUAUUAGUUAUUAAAAUUUAUAUUUAAUAUUAAGUGCCUUCAAAGUGCCAGUGCAGUAUUUACAAAAGUUAUACAAAGAUAAAUGCAAUAUGCCCGAAUGCGAACGCGAACGUUGUGGAAAAUGUUUGACAAGUGCAACAAGUAAACACAAGAGCCUCACAUAAUAGCCAAAUAUUUAAUACAUAUACAUACAUAUAUAUAUAUUUAUAUAUAUAUUAUAUAUACCAUAUGUAUAUGCACAUAGUUAUAGUCGAACAAUACAUCACAAUCGUUAUUGAUAGACAUCGGAAUUGCAUCCGCAAUCGGCAUAGAUGAUGAGCCCAUUCGGUUCGAAGAAGAACCGUUCGUUGCCGGUGCGCGUGAGCACGUUCGAUUCGGAGUUGGAGUUCGAAUUGGAGACCCGGUCGACGGGCCAGGAGCUGUUCGAUCUGGUUUGCCGGACAAUUGGGUUGCGCGAAUCGUGGUAUUUUGGUUUGCAGUAUGUGGACACACGCAACAAUGUCUCUUGGCUCAAAAUGGACAAAAAGGUCAAAGAUCAGCGGGUCGAGCUGCAUGCAAACAAUAGCAUUUAUGUGUUCAGUUUCUAUGCGAAAUUCUUUCCGGAGAACGUCAGCGAGGAGCUGAUACAGGAAAUUACGCAGCAUUUGUUCUUUUUGCAAGUGAAACAGAGCAUUCUCUCCAUGGACAUCUACUGCCGACCGGAGGCAUCGGUACUGCUCGCCUCGUAUGCGGUCCACGUCCAGUACGGACCGUACGAUUAUGAGACCUACAAGGACGGCAUGCUGGCUGGCGGCGAAUUGCUGCCCAAGGGCGUUACCGAUCAAUAUCAAAUGACGCCCGAGAUGUGGGAGGAGCGCAUCAAGACCUGGUACAUGGAUCAUGAGCCCAUGACGCGUGAUGAGGUCGAAAUGGAGUAUCUCAAAAUAGCACAAGAUCUGGACAUGUACGGUGUCAACUAUUUUCCUAUUACGAAUAAGAACAAAACCAAAUUGUGGCUGGGCGUUACAGCCGUGGGUCUCAACAUCUAUGACGAGCGCGACAAGCUAACCCCAAAGACAACGUUCCAAUGGAACGAGAUACGACACGUUAGUUUCGAUGACAAGAAAUUCACGAUACGCUUAGUGGACGCCAAAGUGUCGAACUUUAUAUUUUACUCGCAGGACUUGCACAUCAAUAAAAUGAUCCUUGAUCUAUGCAAGGGCAAUCAUGAUCUGUACAUGAGACGCCGCAAGCCGGACACCAUGGAGAUACAGCAAAUGAAGGCGCAGGCCAAGGAGGAGAAACAGCGCCGACAAAUCGAGCGCAAGAAGUUCAUCAGAGAGAAGCAGCUGCGCGAGAAGGCCGAGCAUGAGCGUUACGAGCUGGAGAAGCGUCUGGAGCAUCUGCAGGACGAGAUGCGCAUGGCUAGCGAUGCGCUGCGCCGCUCCGAGGAGACCAAGGAGCUGUACUUUGAAAAGAGUCGCGUCAACGAGGAGCAAAUGCAGCUUACGGAAUGCAAGGCGAAUCACUUCAAAACAGAAAUGGAUCGUCUGCGCGAGCGCCAAAUGAAAGUGGAGCGCGAGAAGCACGAUCUGGAGAAGAAGAUACGCGAUGCCGAUUUCUAUAUGCUGCAGCUGACCGUCGAGAACGAUAAGCGCGAGGCCGAAACGGAGAAGCUCAAGAAGGAGCUGAUCUGUGCCAAAAUGGCGGAACGCGAGGCUACCGCCCGUCUGCUGAACUUUCUCAACAGUGGCCGCAAAUCCUCGACGGACAGCCUGCUAACCGCAUCGACCGUAUCCCAGGCGAACGUCAACAAUGCCUCCAGCAUAGCGGCGAUUAGCACACCUUCGCUGACGACGAGCAGCUCCACAAAUGAUAUGGAAACAGCUGGCGGCGCCGAGCUAACCACAACCGCAUCCCAUUACAUUGUGAUGGGCGAUAAUUCGAGCGGCAUUUCGGAUGAUUUUGAGCCCAAGGAAUUCAUACUCACCGACAACGAAAUGGAGCAGAUCACCAACGAAAUGGAGCGCAGCCAUCUCGAGUAUCUGCGCAAGUCCAAGAAGCAGGUUCAGAACCAGCUGCAAACGUUGCGCAGCGAGAUAGCACCACACAAGAUUGAACAGAACCAGAGCAACCUGGACAUACUCAGCGAGGCGCAGAUCAAGGCCGGCGAGAAUAAAUAUUCAACGCUGAAAAAGCUUAAAUCCGGUUCAACCAAGGCGCGCGUCGCCUUCUUCGAGGAACUCUAACGAACUCCAAACAAGACUUAGCCCAAAAUAAUGCGCAUUGUUGUAAUUUUGGUCAUACUUAAAAGCAAUUCAAUGUAAGCGGUGUACGUUUUUUGUUUCAGUGUAUCUGUGCAUGCCGUCACGAUUCGAUUCACUGUAUCUAUAUACUUUAUACCCUGUAAAUUUUGAUAAACCACAUGUCUGUGUCAAUUCAACGCGCUGUAACUAUUUGUCUCGGUGUAUCUAUGUAGAAGAUGUAAAUUCAGUCAACUGUAUUUAUCUCAGUGUAUCUAUGUACACCAUGUCAAUUCAAUUCACUGUAUGUACUUGUCUCAGUGUAUCUAUGUAUACCAUGUAAAUUUGAAUUAUUAUAUUUGCCAAUUCAAUUUAAUGCAUGUGGUCAUGUAUUUCUCUCUGUGUAUACCAUGUCAAUAGCUAUAAGUCCCUAACGCUGGCAUCACACUUAGUUUUGUUGCCGAAUUCAAUAAAAAAAAAAACGUUUUAAA